CUAACACUUUUCUUUUACUAAGAAAGCCGGCGUCGGUUUCUGUUAUCACGUUUUUUUUUGUUAAGUUGUGCAAAUAUUAUAAUAAAUUACCAAGAUGUCGAUGUUCUGGGGCUUGAGCAUGAAACCUAAUCGCAAGUACACACAAACCAUUGUGAAGUCGUUCCACAUUUCUGGCGCUGCUGUGGAUGAGGGUGAAACAGCUAAAAUUUACAUCACGGCUGACAAAACCAAGUUUAUUGUUGCAACUCUUACCAAAAGUUUGCCACAGGUUUCUUUGGACUUAAAUUUCUGCAAGGGCGAUAAAAUCAUGUUCCAGACAACAGGCGAUGCCAAUGUUUCAUUGAUCGGCUACCUGCAUGAUGCUGAUGAGUCUGAUGAUGAGGAUUAUGAGAACAGUGCAGAAUAUGAGGCCAUUGCCAAGAGCUUGGCAAAACACCAGGAGGGAGCGACUGAUGAGAAUGACGACGAAUCUGAGGAAGAUAGCGACGAAGAAGGUGGCAUGUCAAAUUUGUUGGAAGGUGACUCCGGCGAAGAAGAGCAGUCAGAUGAAUCUGGUGACGAAGAGGAAGAUGAGGAGGAUGAUGAUGAUGAUGAUGAUGAUGAAGAAGAAGAAGAUGAAUCUGAAGAUGAAACACCUAAGGCAAAGAAGGCCAAGCUUACUGCUAAUGCAAAUGCCAAGAAUCAGAAUGGUGUUGCGAAAAAUGAGAAAAAGCCUGAGCAACAGCAGCCAAAGUCAAAGAAAGAAAAGAAGGCUGCCGCUGCUGAAGAAAAGAAAGAGCAGCCAAAGGCAAAGGAAGCCAAGCCAACUGGCGGUGAGCGUGUCAUAGCUGGCGGCGUCAGAGUUCAAGAUUUGACCGUCGGCAAUGGACCUGAAGCUAAGCAAGGCAAGCGCGUUGGUGUUUACUAUAUCGGCCGUUUGAAGUCAAACAACAAAACCUUUGACAGCAUGCAAAAAGGCGCCGGAUUCAAGUUUGGUCUGGGAGCUGGAGAAGUUAUCAAGGGCUGGGAUAUUGGUGUCGUUGGCAUGAAGAUUGGAGGCAAACGUCGCAUCACUUGCCCACCUCAUAUGGCCUAUGGCGCUCGUGGUUCUCCGCCAACCAUUCCACCAAACUCAACACUCGUGUUUGAUGUGGAGCUGAAGGCUGUUAACUAAAUGAUUUUUUUCCUUCA